CCUCGCAUAUCACACCGAUAAGAGAUGCGUGUGUGUAUAUAAGUGAGUGUAUGGCUCCAUAUAAGUCAGUCUCCGCUGACAAGAGGUGGGGGAUACGUGCUUUGUAACUGCUCACUGUUUUCUGUUGCUGUGAUUAUCUUCUGAGUCUUUUUGAGAACGACCACUUCCUAGGACGACCACCUCCCAGGACGACCAGAGGGACAGCGCAAUGACCGACUCGGUCAAGUUUACCAUUAAUGGCGUCCAGUAUGAAGUGGGAGGAGAGGUGAGCGCCAGCACUUCUCUCCAACACUUCCUCCACCAGCAACUCCUCACAGGCACCAAAGGGACGUGUUAUGAGGGAGGUUGUGGGUCUUGUACAGUGGUGGCGGCUCUACAGGACCCCGACAUUGGUGAACUGAGGACUGGAGCCGUCCACAGUUGCCUGGUGCCAGUGCUAGCCUGCGAGGGGUGGCAGAUCACUACCGUUGAGGGCCUCGGGAACCGCCAUGAUGGACUUCACGUCAUACAAGACACUCUGGCCUCCAAGUCCGGCUCUCAGUGUGGCUACUGCUCCCCCGGCAUGAUCAUGAACAUGUAUGGACUGACGCAGCAGAAAGCCAGCUGGACAGAACAGGACGUCGAGGACCACAUCGACGGAGGGAACUUGUGUCGAUGUACGGGCUAUCGACCUAUCCUCGACGCCUUCAAAUCCAUCCCCGUUGCUGACAUAGAGUCAUCACACCUGGUUCGCUGUCCGAGGACGGGUCAGCCUUGUAAAGGACGCUGUCAACCCCCUACGGUGACUGGAGGUGGAGAAGUGGCGGGAAGGAAGGGUUCUGGUGGGACCACUAAGGAGAUUGUCCUCAAGGAUGCUGUGUGGUACAGCCCGGAGACCCUCGAGGAACUCAACACCAUCUUGGCCGACCUUGACCCAACAUCAACCUACCGACUGGUGUGUGGAGACACCCUUAAAGCCGUCUACAAGAACGAGGGGCCCUACGACGCCUACAUCUACACCAGGAAGAUCCCGCAGCUCUCAAGAGUGGUGGCUGCGGCGGACGCUGUGGUGGUGGGCGCCAACGUUUCCAUCAGCAGACUGCUGGAGGAGCUGUCUGCUGUGGCCAGCAGCCUCUCCGGGUACUCCUACCUCGCUAGCAUCGUCAGCACCUGGAGGGCCGUCGCCAGCACCUCCCUCAGGAAUCUGGGCAGCUGGGGCGGCAACAUUGCAGGCAAGAUGCAACAUAAGGAAUUUGCUUCUGAUAUCUUUAUUGGUCUCCUCGUAGCCGGAGCCAUUAUAACCACUGGGGGACCAGACGGCCCUUCAGAGAAGCUGACACUGGAGGAACUGCUGGAGGAUGACCUCGUUGGGAAGCGUCGAGUUAUACUCGACAUGAUCCUUCCCCCUCAACCUGAGGACGUUGUCAUCAGGACAUUCAAGAUCCCCCCACGCCCCAGCAACUCUCACGCCCACCUCAACGCUGGCUUCAGGCUUCAGGUGGACGCCCAAAACGCCCACACCGUCGUUGGUACCCCUGUGCUCGCUUACGGUGGUGUCAACCCCCAGUUUGUGCGGGCCACAGCAACAGAAGCAGUGAUAUCCGGCCAGAGUCUGGAGCAAGAGAGUGUUCUACAGGCAGCCAUGGCCGCCCUGGCUGAGGAGAUCCAGCCGGAUAGUCAGCCUGCUGACGCCUCCCCUCAGUACAGGCUGGCUCUAGCACAGAACCUGCUCUAUAAGACCAUCCUGGGAAUCGUGGGGGACGCGGCGGCAGCAAACGUUGCCAGCGGCGCCACAGAUCUGGUGCGACCAGUCUCCAGCGGACAACAAAGCUUCGACCAGAACACUGACGUCUGGCCGCUGGCGCAGCCUGUGAUGAAGCUUGAGGCUCCUAUACAGUGUACCGGAGAGGCGGAGUUUGUGGAGUUCAUGGCGCCGGUCGCUAAGGAGCAUCAUGGAUACUUCGUCACCUCCACUAUGGCUAGAGCUGCUAUUGUGGCGGUGGAUCCCUCCCCUGCCCUGGCCAUCCCUGGGGUCAUAACCUUCGUGGGGUCAGAGGACAUCCCUGGGGUCAACAACAUCCACGUCUACUCCGACCCCAACGCCACCCAACCAGUGUUCGCUGAGGGUCAGGUGUCGUACUAUGGCCAGCCUAUAGGCCUAGUGGUGGCCAGCACGCUGGAGGUGGCCAAGAUGGCCGCCGGCAAGGUGGUGGUGACCUAUGGCGCCGCCCAGACCCCUGUGCUCACUAUUGACCAGGCGCUAGAGAACCCUUUGCCGCCCGGUCAAUAUGACCCCUUUGUGGAGGGCAGCGUGGAGGAAGGCUUCGCUGCGUCAACGCACAUCCUGGAGGGGCGUCUGAGGCACGGUGGUCAAUAUCACUUCCACAUGGAGAACCAGGUGGCCCUGGUGGUGCCCACGGACGAUGGCUUGGAGGUCUACCCUUCCUCACAGUGGGCAUCUGAGACCCAGAGGUCCAUAGGCCAGGUCCUUGGUCUUCCUGACAACUGCAUCAGCGUCACCGUGAAGCGGCUGGGAGGAGCUUUCGGGGCCAAGAUCGAGCAGGGUAACCUGGUGGCUACCGCGGCAGCCGUCGCCGCCACCAAGGUUCGACUCCCAGUGCGGGUCUCCAUGGACCUGGCCACCAACAUGGCCAUCUUCGGCGGCCGUGACCCGUUUAUGUCCACUUAUAAGGUGGGGUUGUGUGUCCCUCCCCGCUGGUGUGUGACCCAAGCCACCAUCACCAGCGACGCCGGCUACCUGCCCGUCGACCCCAAUAGUUCACUGUCCGCCGAGUGUGUCCCCUCCUGCUACUCCUGCCCCAACUGGCUGGUCACACCCCAGUUUGUCCUCACCAACACCCCGUGUAACACCUGGUGUAGGACCCCUGGCACACUAGAGGGGGUAACCCUCAUGGAGGAGAUACUGGAGCACGUGGCCCAGGAGCUAAACAUCGACCCCGUGGAACUAAGGAAAAGGAACCUAAUGCCGGACGGAGCCACCAGGAGGGUCAACCACAGGCUCCUAGCCCUCCGGUCCCGGAUAGCAGGAAGAGAGGUGACGCGGUGUCCUCGAGAGAUGACGGUUCCCAAAAAUCUUAUUUCGGACAUGAUCGACGAGCUUAUGGUGUCCGCAGAGGUGCAGCGGCGCACACAGGCUAUAACGCAGUUCAACCAGGAGAACCGCUGGAAGAAGAGAGGGCUGGGAUUCAUGAGCCUAUCCUGGCCCUAUUCCGUCCCUCUGGUCUAUCCCUUCAGCGCCCUGGUGUCCAUCAAUGCCAGGGACGGGUCCGUCCUAGUGUCCCACGGUGGGACGGAAAUGGGGCAGGGGAUUAACACUAAGGUGGCGCAGGUGGCGGCCUAUCAGCUUAGGACUACGCUUGACGUCGUCAGUAUCAGGCCUACCAACACCCACGCCAAUGCUAACUCGUCAUCCACCAGUGGUUCCCUCGGCUCCGACGUCGCUAGUUAUAGCGUGAGCGAGGCGUGCAAGAUACUCCGCGCGCGCCUUGAUGUCGUGGAGCAGGAAAUUGGCGGGAAGCCGACAUGGGCGGAGCUCAUACAGGCGGCGUUUGCCAUGGGCGUCCCUCUCUCCCAGCAGUAUGAGAACGGACCGGAUGAGGUCAAGAGCUACGCCGUGUUUGGUGUUGGGUGCACUGAGGUGGAGCUGGACGUCCUCACAGGCCAGUACCUGGUGUUGCGGACGGACAUCUUGGAGGACGCAGGAAGGAGCUUGAGUCCGCUGAUAGAUAUUGGCCAGAUAGAGGGCGGCUUUGUCAUGGGUCAGGGGCUCUUUACCACUGAGAAACCCAUCUUCGACCCCGUCACUGGACAGAAGCUCAGUGCUGGUACAUGGAAUUACUACAUCCCAACAUCCCAUGACAUUCCGGUGGACUUCCGGGUCAGUAUGUUGUCCAACGCUCCCAACCCCAUCGGCGUCCUCUCCUCCAAGAUAACUGCAGAACCACCCGUCUGCUUGUCCUAUACAGUGCCAAUGGCACUUCGCCACGCGGUCAACAGCGCCAGGACUGAUGCUGGUUCGCCAGGCUGGGUCCAGAUGGAUUCACCGUUCACCGUGGAGAACCUACAGUUACUGUGUCUUGUGUCGCCUGCCGCCCUCACCAUCCACUAACGCAUAUUAGAAAUUGUCCAAAUGUACUCUUAACUCUUACUAGAGAAUGUUCAGUCAUUCUAUCAUGGGAAAAUGUUGUUGUUGGUGUGAAUGGCAGCGACGUGACUGCCCUUCAUACCAACAGCAACACGAAUACCUUUUUUAAUGAUAGAAAAUGACAACAGAAAAACAGUACAUUUGAUUAUAACCGCUCUAUGAAGGCUUCAGCACCAUAGAAAACGAUUAUUUGCUCUGUUUACAAUGUGGGACAUUUCUAUAAAUUAUAAUUAUUUAAUAAUGGUAUAAACUCGAAUAUUGAUUUACAAUUGUUUGUGCUUCUGUACAGGCUCACUUAAUAUAAUAUAUAUUAUUAGGAAAUUAAGGAAAUACUCCUAAUUCUGGAUAAAAGAAAUUCUGUAAAUAUUAGAAUCCGUCUAAAUUCACUUGAAAAUCAAACAUGUGCAAGAGUAGUAGCUCUGCACAUGGCUAUUAUAAUAUAUUGUCAUUACACAGAGAAAUACCAUUAUCGUCAUAUAUCAAUGAACAAAGCCACAUGAGCCGUGACGAGGGUUCGAACCUAUGCACUGCGUGUUUCCAAUGCAUAGCUUUGAACCCUCUUCACAGUUCCAGUAGAUUUGUUUAAUUUGGAUAUUGUUAAUUCUUAGAUUAAUUUGAUCUCAGGAUUUAUUACCAAACAAAAUAUAGAAAGUUUUGUCAAUGUUAAGGGUGAGUUUGUUAGUAGCUAGCCAAGGAUGAACUUUAUUUAGUUCAGUAUUCAUUGUGUCAUUCAGAAUAAGAGAGCCAGGACUGGAGAAAAUUAUCAUUGGUAUAAAAAUUAUCAUUAUUAUCAUUGGUAUUAUAAGUAAUGCAGGAAGGUGGCUGACAUAUAUUAUAGUUUAACUAAAGUUGAGGAACCAAAGAAAACGGUGUUGACACAGGAACGCAAGCGACCGGCACCAUCACAAUAACAACAACAGUUAUUACCGGCAUCCGGUCCCACGAUCGUCGUCGCCCCUAAAUUAACAACAGCCAUUACCAGCACCAAACAUGGCAGACAACACUACUUAAGACUCCUGGUUCAUGCUUGACGACGAGCGUACACCUGCUCCCCCUGAGCAACACAUCACCACAUUUUGACCAUUGGAUCUCGAUGCUGCCGUCAGCCAUUCCUCUUCAACGGCCCAGUUUGAUACCAGGCUCCCUUGAAGGUCACUGGAAGACGUGUUUGCCCAACUGGGCUUGAGUUUAGGAGGAGCCAUCGUGCGUGAUUGUGCCGUUAAGCGGCGACAUUGUUCCACUACCAGAGUUACAGGACGCCUGACGCCUUAUGGUCUGGGGGUUACUGGGGGUCCAUAGUCUUCCAGCUGGUUCUCUGUGUGGGGGUGUCCCUCGCCUCCCUCUGGGGGACGCCUCGGGUCGCCAAGCAUCUCCUCACAGCCUCUUUAUCUCCCCUAAGGCUCAGUAGUCUUCCACCCACACGCCACCAUUACCCGCAAGACUUCCUGUUGUUCCCAUCACGGGAACGCUUGGGCACAUCCGGCACUAGUGCGCUCCUGGGCCCUAGAUCAACAACAACUAUGCCCGGCAACUCUGCUUAAUUAUCCUACCCAGUGGCAGUGUUGUGUCUCCAGGAGACGCCCCAAGUCACAAGACAACUCCAGCAGUCAUCAGAAGGAGAUAACCUUCAUGCAAAAUCUGUGAAUCAU